AUUGUGAAAUUAUUAAGUAAAUUUCUUGUUAACUCCAUUUAAAUAUGCAUAAGUUACUCCACUUCUAGCACGUGCUUUAUUAUUUUUUACCCUGAAUACACGUUACUCAGCAACAAUCAUCACAACAUACCGCAAAGCGUUAACUGAAAUGUUGAUAUUUGCUAGAAUUUAUCGUUAAGCACUACUCAGCCAUAUUUAUUAGUGAAUGAGUUAAUUUUAAUAGAGUUUUUAGCAUGUAAAUGAAAUUAAUUUUUCCUGUUGAAAUAAAUCUUAAAUCAAUAUGUCUUUAAAUCGAAACUCCACGUGGAUUGAUGUUGACAUCAACCCUCCAGUAUUCUUACAAACAUACAAUUGUUUCACAACUCUUGUGGACGUUCACGGUGAUAAGGAUAAUAAAUUUGUUGUUAUUGACUUUGGAUCUGGCACGACAAAUCCUCAACUAAAAGUAUUCAAAGGAAUUAAUCAAACGCAUGUCGUCUUUUUCUAUGACAAACCUUCAGCUAUUUUAGCUGUUUAUAUAGAUAACAAAGAGCAUCAUGUGCCAUGCAUAGCAGUAGCGAUCAAAAAUGAAAUAUAUUUUUACCGUAACUGUAAACCUUAUUAUAAGUAUUCAAUUCAACCAGCGCUUGUAAACAAUGAAGACGAGAGUAAAAUAUGGCGGGAUGCUGAAAAAUCAUCAGAACUUCUGAGUAAUUUGCAAGCACUUGCCACAUCAAUUGGGUUUGCCAAAUUGUCUACGACAUCGCAACAAUUGUUAUGCUGUCAUGAGAAUCAAAUAGAGAAUUUUUUUAAUAAUCACAAAAAACAAAAGCUCGUUAAACAGCAUAAUAUUUCUUGUAUUACUGAAUUGAAAAGAAGAAUGAAUGAGGUAUUUGGAGUAAGCUGUAUUGUAAUAGCCACUACAGAUACGAUUAGCAUAUUAGAUACAGAGUCUUUUAAAAUGUUGCCAGAUAAAUACGAAUUUCAGGGCGAUGCAGUAUAUUUAGCUGCUAACGGAAUAUACGACGUUGACUACAAAAUACUAGUGGCUACUAGAACAGGCCGAGUGUACAUUUUUUCAAAAUCUUCGACUAGUGGGUAUAAAGUAGAAAUGACUCACGCAAUAGUAGCUAUAAUAUUACGGAUAGACAAAUUUAUUUGCUGUACUUUAGACGGUGUACUUCAAUGCUAUUCGUUAAAAUGCAUUUCGUUGUGGAACAUUAAACUUCCAGGAGAUCCAACUGCAAUGGUGAACAUGUACGUGCAGAGUUUAUCUUUAGAAUUGACAGUUGUAGCGUGUAGAGUAAUUAAUACGAGUGGUCAUACAAAGGGGUCGAUACUAUUAUACUCUGGAACAAUAGUAGUGCAUAAAAUAACGAUGCCUGAUCCAAUAUACUGCAUGAAUUUUGGAAAAUUAGGCCAAGAAGAAAAUGCCCUAUUAAUGAUUUCUUCUAAAGGUAAAUUAGAUGUGAAAUUAUUGAAGCGAACGGCUACAUUCGAUUUAUGUUUUCGGUCGACCAAUAUAACGGAACCUUCGAGAAAUUUGGAUAUACCAAAGAGGAGCAAUAUUUUUAUAGAGCAAACACUUCGUGAAAGAGAAUGUUUCCACGAAAUACAUGUCAGAACUCAGCAAGCGUGGCAAAGGUUUCAAAUUACUAUUUUAAAUGAACGAAUGAACUCGAUCAAACAAAAAAUCACAAAUAAAUUAUUACAUACAUCAGCUCAACUUUUAGGAUUAGGACCUCGUUUCAAGAUAAAGUUUAUUUUAAAAAAUCUUGGAGAUAAAUAUUUAAGUGGUGUCUUUGUUGCAUUUUUGUUUAACCCUCAGUUUUAUACAAUAGAGACUGCUUGUUGUAAGUUACCAAUUAUUAUUCCGGACAAGGAAGUAUCCUGCGAAACCUUUGUUACAUGUUUAAUGCACGGUAGCAUUGAAGAAAGAGUGAUCAAUAUUGUAGUUAAUCAAGAAACAAACAUUUUAUACAGAGCAAAGUUAAACCUACCAAUUUAUGAUCUACAAAAUAAUACCAUUGAAAACACGGUAUGUAAUGAGAAUAGCUUUUAACCAUUUAAUAAUCAACAUAGCAGUUAGACUUUAAUUUAAAAGUGGAACCUAGUUUUCACAAGUAUACUAAAUUUUAAAAUAAAU